GGUACGCGUUAGCUAAUUUUAAAGGGUUUGUUAUUGAGGAGUUCCUUAUUUAUAUAAUAAACAAAGUUCGAUGGAAAAGCUUAUGUCGGUCAAAACGUGUCUUAAACUGUUGCAGGUAAUGCCCGGCGCCCAGCAUGCGGCCACGUCUGGGGGCCUAGGCGGGCUCGCUCCUCCGCUUCAGAAUCUUCUCCAGAUGCAGCAGGUGCGCCACCGACAGACCAAGCACUGGCAGCCCGAGUUCAAGCGCCUACGCAAGCAGAAGUUCGUCAAGAUGGAUUUGCCCAAUCUGCGCGAGAAACAGGAGGAUAUUAGCAAAGAGGAGAUGCGUAGCCGGAUGAAGGAGCGUGGUGUCUUGCCGCCCCGUCCCUGGAUGGAACGCCCAUUUCACAUCAGCUGCACGGGUGGCAUUUUCGAGGCGUAUGUACCGCCCGAGGGCGAUGGCAAGAAGUCAAUCAUCUCAACCUCUGGCGCCAAGCAAAAGCUAGAGUUCCUCGAGAAAAAGUCGAAGAGCCUAAUGGCCGUACGCAAGAUUCGCUCCUACGAGGAGAGCUUCAGCUCCGACGAGUUCGGCGCCGAGGCCCAGGAUAUCUACAUUCAGGCGCACACGCACAUGGCCGCCAAGGAUAAGUACAAGAUUCGCGAGUUCGUCAGCGAACGCUGCUAUCCGGAGAUGAUGCACAACGUCAAGGACAAGACCAUUCGCUGGAAGUUCCUCCAGUCGCUGGAGCCACCGCGCGUCGUCCACGCCCGUGUAACUGAGGUGAUCUCCAAAGAAAACCAGUUUGCUCAGGUCACCGUGCGCUUCCACAGCCAACAGAUGCUGGCCAUCUACGACCGCUUCGGCCGGCUGAUGCACGGCAGCGAGAUCCUCACCAAAGACGUGCUGGAGUAUGUGGUCUUCGAAAAGCAUAUCUCCAACGAGUACGGCAAGUGGCGGCUGCACGACAAGAUCAUUCCCGACUGGCUACCGCCCAAGAAUCCGGCUCCUAUAACCUAUCGUCUUAUCGAGGAUGUGGAGGAAGAACCCCCCAAGGAGCUAAGUGGCGGCGAGGAGGCCAAGCAGGUGGAGGCGGGCAGCGAACAGUCCAAGGAGCAACUGCAACUUGCCACCCCGGUUGAGAGCCGGUCGAAACCUUCCCUGGCCAUUUGAUUGUAUUUUUUGUGGGCCGCCUGGCGGCUCAGAAGGAUGCGCUUUUAUGUUGUCGAAUGAUUUUUGAGUCGCCAACAAGUGAAAUUAUAAUUUUAAACAACA